AAAUACUUGUUAUUCUUGACACAGAGGUAGAUACGAAUUUGGAUGAGUAUAAGACGCCCGCGUAUUUAAAUAAAAAUAUAAAAGUAAAAAAAAUGUUGCGUUUCGCUUUGCUGUGUCUUGGAUUUUUGGCGGUGGCCUUUAAUGAUGUAGAAGCCUUGAAUCAAGUGGACAAAAUGAAGCUCUACGCGAUUAUACUGCCCACCAUUCAAGAGUGUAGCGGCAAGUAUGGAGUUUCCGAGGAGGACAUCAAGAAGUCCAAGGAGACGAAAAAUAUAGACGGUUUGGACGAAUGCUUCAUCGCUUGCGUAUUCAAGAAAGCCGGAGUGAUAAACGAUGGCGGACAGUUUGACAUUGAAAAGUCUAAGGAAUUAAUUUCAAAGUACCUCUCCGAUUCUGGUGACCAGGCUAAAGCACAGGAAAUAAUCGGAAGAUGUGUCUCUGUAAACGACCAACCUGUUGGCGACAAUGAGGGCUGCCAAAGGUCCAAGCUGUUAAUAGAGUGCUUACUGCCAUUUAAAAAGGAGUUUGAAGGAUCUCGUUAAGAAGAUACAAAUCGAAAUUAUAUGUAAACGCUGGCUUUUUGAGACAAUAUACUGAAUUAAACAUGUUAUCGA